GUGGGACGAAAACUUUCUCCCUUUUAUUACUUUGUGUACUUCCGCCUUGUUGAGGCGAACGUCUACGAUAUUUCUGCAGCUGUAAUACAAAAAGGAUAUUGUGCUGUUACGGGUUUCUUCCAAUGAGAAUAUUUCACUUGGAGCUGUGUAGCUGAAAAUCAUUCAUUUCAGCAGUCGGACAAACAAGAGUGGCUAUUGCACAAACUCAGCCAGUGGUUGACAACAUCACCUUUUCUUUAUAUCAAACACAUAAAAACGGGAGAAAAAAAUAUCGCGUUGAUGUGCUUUUUCCUCGGUGGGGCAUGGAAACCCUGCGCUGAACCUGGAAUGGGUUCUGAUGAUCUACUUUACUUUCCGUAGACUUGUCAAGAGAGUGACUCCUCCGGGCCACUUGGGGAUCUAGCUCCUAGACCCGCCGGCUAUACAUCAGGAUGGCAGUAGCAGCGACCGUAGGUUGUCUGUCCACAGGGUGGUGUUCACCUCUUAGAUAAGGGUCGUCUUUUGCCCGAGACAUCCACCGGCAGUUUAGAAUUAUAGUCAAUUAGGUUAAGGACCCCCCACUGACGGGAGAUUCUAGUUUUACUUGCCAGACCAGGCGAUCAAUUUACUUGUCAAUUUCAUAAUUUAGAAGGCACUUGAACUUGAAUUUGGUUAAUUCAAUGGAGGCUGAGUGCAGAAUAUAAUACAGUGAGUGCAGAAUAUAAUACAGCAUGCUGUUGUUAAAAUGCUUGGAGUUUCGCAAAUUUACUGGUCCUACCGUCGAACUUAAUUUCCAAGGAUACUAACAACAAAACUGCCAACACUUGCUGCGAAGUAUGAUAAAUGAUCAUUAGGGGUCUAUGAAUAUCGAUUGUGACUUGCAGGAAAGUAAGAAACAUGAAUGGAGCUAAUGGAACUACUAGGAAAGCGGGGGAGGUUGUUCCUCAGGACCCCAUCACAGUGCGCUAUUACCACGGGAGGAUUACACGUGAGGAGGCCGAGACCAGACUCCGCAGCACCGGCUGCAUCCAGGGGGACUACCUCUUACGCGACAGUCUCGGCCGUGAGGGCCACUAUGCAAUCUCCCUCUGCUUCGACAACAACAUCUACCAUUACGCAAUUGAGCGACAACAUGACGGCGGUGUCGCGAUCAAGGACGGUAACAAAUUCAGCGGGCCCAUUGAGCUCAUGAAACACCAUGAGAAGAAACUGGACGGAUUGUUGUGUCUUCUGGAGCGGCCAUGUUGCCUUCCAGAUGGACACAAGCCUCGUGCUUACGGAGACCUUUCUCAUGAGGAGAUGGGGAAUGAAAUUGCAUUAGUGGCACAGAAUCAAGGCCUCUCAAAAGUGACUAUUGAGAAGGCCAUGACAUCCCACAGAUCCCAGUUUGAGAGAUUACUCAAGAGUAUUCUUCACCAAGAGAGACCCUGGUUUCAUGGUCCGCUUACGCGAAUGGAGGCAGAACAACGAAUUGUCACCUCAGGAUUGCAAGAGGGCAAAUUUCUGGCUAGAGAGAGGACAGACCCAGGUAGCUUUGCUCUGUCUGUGUGCUACAACAACUCCGUCUACCAUUACAAGAUUGACAAAGACUGCACUGGACAGCUCUCAAUAAAGGAUGGACCCAAAUUUGACAGUCUCUUGCAGAUGGUUGAUCACUACAUGCUGAAGAAGGAUGGCUUGUUAUGCUGUUUGACAGUCCCCUGCAUAGACCCACAGAAGAGAAGACAUUCAGCGGGUCCCCCUAUAACUCCAACAACACACUUUCAGCGAGCUAAGUCUUCUGAUGAUGAGCCCAAGAUGCCAGUCAGAGAACCACCAGCCCCACCCCAAGGAAGGAGGGGUCACCAGUCAGCAGGAGAAGCCAACUUGUUAACGCCCUCACCACCCAUUCCACCCCCUCACUACCCACCUCAACACAUGCCACACAAGCCUACAGCCAUGCAUCAUAAACCUAUGAUUGAACAGAUCGUCAAUGGCAAAUGGGAAGAACCAGAUCACCAUGAUGAUCCAUCACCUCUUCGGGCAUCAGGCACCACUCCAUCCCAACCACCUGUGCUCGACGAUAAAACGUACGGCAUUCCAAACGACCGAGAGAUGAUCUAUGGACGCGUUGCUAAGAUGAAGAACACCAAGCUCCUUGACAUCAAGCAUCUCUAUCUAGGCGACCCCAUCGGUAAAGGGAACUUUGGUUCGGUCUUAAAGGGAAGCUAUAACAUGAAUGGAACUCACAUCCCUGUUGCAGUGAAGACAUUAAAGACAGAAAGUGGAAUCCCAAAUUCAAAGCCUGAGAUUGUGAAAGAGGCAGAGAUUAUGGGUGACUUGGAUCAUCAGCAUAUUGUCAGAAUGAUUGGGAUCUGUGAAGGUUUUGAGAUGAUGCUUGUUCUUGAACUUGCUGAGCUUGGCCCACUUCAUAAAUACCUGAAAAGACACACUAACAUGAGCAUCCGCAAUGUUCUUGAACUGAUGCUUCAAGUUGCUAAAGGAAUGCAGUACCUAGAGAGUCAGAAGUUUGUCCAUCGAGACCUCGCGGCCAGAAACGUCCUUCUUGUAGAUGAGACGUUUGCCAAGAUCAGUGACUUUGGAAUGUCCAAAGCGCUCGGCCUCGACAGCCAGUACUAUGUGGCGGAGACGGCUGGCAGAUGGCCUCUGAAGUGGUAUGCUCCAGAGUGUAUCUACAGGUUUAAAUUCAGCAGCAAGAGCGAUGUAUGGAGUUAUGGUGUGACGCUGUGGGAAGCCAUCUCGUAUGGCAAGAAACCCUAUGCAAACAUGAAGGGCCAGGAGCUGAUGGCGUUUAUAGAGAGUGGAUCCAGACUAUCCCAGCCGGACCGAUGUCCUGAUGAAGCCUACGCACUCAUGAGACGCUGUUGGGAAGAUGAGGCCAGAGACAGACCAAGCUUUGGAGAGGUCGUUGACACCAUGAGCGUUAUUUUGAGACAUCUCCGAGCCGGAACGCUGAGAAUCCGCUAAGAGGGGCUUCCAGGGAAUGGACUUUUUAAUUUACACAGGCAGAAGCAGUGUACAUAAUGCAUCUAUUCAUCCAAGCCAUCCAGCAGCAAUGGUGUCGAUGUGGGGCCGUUUACACGUCAUGUUGGCACUCCUUUUAAGCUAAUCUAUACAUUGCAAUGCUUAUUACUGUAAAUUGUUUUUCUUUCUUUUUUGCUGAAUAUUGGCAGCUGGAUAAUGAGGCCAAUCUUGGGCCAUUUUUGGCACUAUGUUAAGUUCCACUUUGUAGGCUAUUUGGUGAAGCCAGUCUGGGGCCUUUUUGGCACUUUGUUAAGUUGCACUCUGUAGGGUAGGCUACUGGGUGAAGUCAGUCUGGGCCAUUUUUGACACUCUGUUAAGUUGCACUUUGCAGGCUACUGGGUGAAGCCAGUCUGGGCCAUUUUUGGCACUCUGUUAAGUUGCACUUUGUAGGCUACUGGGUGAAGCCAGUCUGGGCCAUUUUGGCACCCUGUUAAGUUGCACUUUGUAGGCUGCUGGGUGAAGCCAGUCUGGGGCCAUUUUGGCACUCUAGUUUCUCACACUUGGCAUUCUUUACUUUAAGAAUUUCCUUUUUUGUUGUAUUAAGAGGCAGCUGGAUUUAUUGCUGCGCUUAGGUACUAUGUUGGUUCUCUUUUCGUCCCCAACUCAAAUGCUUACUUUGAGCAAGGUCGAGUGUGCACCAUGGCUAAGUAAAGGUUUACCGUUUACCAUGUUCACUCUAACCCAGGCUGGUG